CCUAGUCGUCAAAUUCUAGUGCUGCACAAAAUUGCUAUUCCGCCAAAGUACAGAGUCAUCUAGAAUUGAUAAAAUGGCAGAAGGCCAGGAGGAACCUAAAAAGAUUACAAUUACUGUAAAAACACCAAAAGAAAAGCAGCAAGUUGAAAUCGAAGAAGAUGCAGAUAUCAAAAAACUCAAAGAAGUGUUGUCCCCUAAAUUUAACGCGGAGCCCGAACAGCUAUGUUUAAUUUUUGCCGGAAAAAUUAUGAACGAUUCAGAUACUAUGAAGCAACAUAACAUCAAAGAUGGGUUGACAGUUCAUCUUGUUAUCAAGACUCCUCCAAGACCUGAACCGGAAGGUGGAACACGGCGCCCUCCAGCUGAUAUUGGUGCUACACCUUUUGGACUGAACUCUCUUGGGGGUCUAGCAGGCUUAGAAAGCCUUGGUCUAGGCCAAAGCACUUUUAUGGACCUGCAAGCUCGUAUGCAACAAGAGCUUUUGUCGAACCCUGAUAUGUUACGACAAGUGCUGGAUAACCCACUCGUUCAGCAAAUGAUGAACGAUCCUGAGAAUAUGCGAACCCUUAUUACAUCCAACCCGCAGAUGCAAGAUUUGAUGGCUAGGAACCCUGAAAUUAGUCAUAUGUUGAACAACCCUGAACUGUUACGACAAACAAUGGAAUUGGCACGCAAUCCUGCCAUGCUUCAAGAGUUGAUGAGGUCCCAUGACCGAGCUUUGUCCAAUUUGGAGAGUAUACCUGGUGGUUACAAUGCUUUGCAGCGAAUGUAUCGAGACAUCCAAGAACCAAUGUUGAAUGUAGCCAGUAGCAUGGCUGGAAAUCCAUUCUCUGGACUAGUAGACAAUUCAGAUGGCACCAAUCCCCAACAGGGGGCAGAGAACCGUCAGCCCCUUCCAAACCCUUGGCAGCGUGGAGGUUCUAAUGCAUCUAGCACACCAAACACGGGCCCAGGCCUUAUCAAUACACCUGGCAUGCAGUCAUUGCUACAACAGAUGUCUGAAAAUCCUCGUCUUGUACAAUCAAUGCUAUCAGCACCAUACACUAAUAGUAUGCUACAAGCUCUCGCUGCCGACCCGGAGAUGGCAUCUCAACUUAUUAACCAGAAUCCCAUGUUUGCCAAUAAUCCACAACUGCAAGAACAGAUUCGUACUAUGAUGCCACAAAUGCUAGCCCAGCUGCAGAAUCCAGAAAUGCAACAGAUGAUGUCUAAUCCACAGGCGCUGAAUGCCCUACUUCAGAUCCAGCAGGGUAUGGAACAAUUGCGAGCGGCGGCACCAAGUCUUGUCAAUAACAUGGGCUUCGGAGCAGCCGCUGCCACUGCCGCCCCACCCCCACCUCCCACUACUAACACACCGCCAGCACAAGCGAGACAACAACAGAACUCUGAGCUGUUCACACAGUUCAUGCAAAGAAUGGUAUCGGCGAUGGCCAACAACCAGACCAACACUCAGCAACCCCCGGAACAACGCUACUCACAACAGCUAGAGCAACUUGCAGCCAUGGGUUUCCUCAACAGGGAGGCUAAUUUACAAGCACUGAUCGCAACAUUUGGUGACGUGAACGCGGCAGUUGAAAGGCUACUGGCUCUGGGUCAACUGUCCAUGAGCUAACACACUCGCUGUAGAGUCAGACUCGCUUGUACCACAUUCUGAACAGGACACUGUUACUAUUAAGUUAUUAUAAAAUAUAUGUUUAUUAUUUUACUAAAAGUAUACUAUAUAUUCUCAAUUACUAUUUAUACUUGACCCGUUUUUUUCUGUUUGAUGGUGUGGUGCAAGUAGAUCUAGAAUUAUACAAGCAUUAUUUAAAUUGACAGAAACAUCAUCAUAUAAGGUAUUAUUGAAAUUAAACUAUCAAAAUAUCUGACUUUAUUGGAUGGUUUCUUAAAUUUAUUCAUUCCUUCUUAUUUUAGGUAAUAAAUUGUUUUUUUUUUUUCACAUACAAAUAAACCAAACCUGAAUAUUUGACUAAGGUAUUUUGUAAACACUGUCUUAGUUUUUAUAUUUAAUAAAUAUAUUUUAUUCGAUAACUGUUAUACUUUCUCACAAUGCUAUUAAUAUUUACAUGUUUUAAUUCCCGUAAAGUAAGGUAAAUGAUGUAGGUUUAUGUAAAUAGUUUUGCUUUAAAAACUAGUAAAGACACACCAGGCAAUAAAUUCGAAGCUAUAGAUGUGCUAUUUUGUGUACAGUCACCUUUUAUUUUUGAUUGUUAUUAUUUAAUAUGCCUAAUAGCUACGGUAGUUUGUAAUACAAAUGUAUAAAAGAUUACAGAGCGACAUUGAAAUAACGAGUCUUUCAGUGAGAGACUAAAGAGUUAUUUAUUUGAAAUUUUCUUUAUAUAUCAUACUUAGUAAAAAGUAUCCCUGAAUUUAAAUUGCUUUUUGUUUCUAAUGUCAUGUAAGUUAUGUAUUUUAAUUCGUGUUACUUUGGUCUUUGGUUGCAUUAAAAUGUGGGGUAAAUAAUAAAGUUGUUUGAAGGGAGAUUGAUUGGUGUUUGAUGACUGUACAGUUUAUUUCUAAAUUUCCUUGUGGUGGUAGAACCAAUAUAUAAAGCUCUGCGCUUUAUUUUAUCUGAUGUGUAGCAAAUUACUUUUUAAGUUGUAAAAAAAUAAACAAAACAGACACUGUUGCUCAGUUUUGUUAAGGAAUACGUUAAAUUUUCAAGAAUUAUAUAGAAUAAUAUUAAUACAAAAAUACUAAUUAUGUAUCAUUAAAGUUUGAAAACGCUUA